GGAGAAACAAGAUGACCAUUGCAAGACACUUCCUAGAUUACUGUGAGAAAGCCAAUAAAAGAAUUUAUGCCAGCAAUUGGUGUGGCUUACACAUUCAUUCUAGGCUCCUCUACAUAACAACUGACUGGAAAUUAUUGACUACAAUGUUACCAACACCAGAAGAGAAGCACAAGAUUCAAGAAGCCACCAUUUGCAACCCAUACCUUCCUCUGGGGUCGGCAGAACAGUUUCUUAUGAUGCAGUCGUCCAUAUCUGAACUUCCCGCCAGAUUAAAACUCUGGAUCUUUAAGCUAGACUAUGAGAACAUGGAGAAGAAUGCCGGAGUUUGUAGCAGACUGUGCAGAGCGUACAUUUGUUCUGGAAAUUAUUUAUCAGCGAGUGAUGACUGGAUUUCAGCGGAUCAGUGUGGUUGGGCCACCGCUACACUUAGCCCAGGACAUUAA